AUGGCCAAACCUUUCUUCCGACUCCAGAAGUUUCUCCGCAGAACACAGUUCCUGCUGUUCUUCCUCACGGCCGCCUACCUGAUGACCGGCAGCCUGCUGCUGCUGCAGCGGGCCCGCGUGGCCCUGCCACAGGGGCCCCGGGCGCCGGGCUCCCUGCAGGCCCUGCCCGUGGCCGCCGUGGCGCUGGGCGUGGGCCUGCUGGACAGCAGAGCCCUGCAGGACCCCCGCGUCAGCCCGGAGCUGCUGCUCGGCAUGGACGUGCUGCAGAGCCCCCUGGCCCGGCCCCGGCCCGGGCCCCACUGGCUCCGGAGCCGCAACUCAGAGCUACGCCAGCUGCGGCGCCGCUGGUUCCACCACUUCAUGGGUGACCCCCAGGCGCUGCCCGCCCUGGGCCCCGUGGCCCCCAGGCCAGCCGCCAGCAGCCGAGGCACCUAUGUUGGCUGCUUCCGUGACGACGGCCAGGAGAGAACGCUGAAGGGCACUGUGUUUUUUGACUUGAGAAAAAUGACCGUCUCCCACUGCCAGGACGCCUGCGCUGAGCGGUCCUACAUCUACGCCGGCUUGGAGGCCGGGUCAGAGUGCUACUGCGGGAACCGGCUCCCGGUGCAGAGCGUCGGGCCCGAGGAGUGUAAGCACGAGUGCAAGGGGGAGAAGGGCUCGGCGUGCGGAGGCGUCGGCCGGCUCUCAGUGUACCGAGUGGAGGAGCUGCAGCCGAGCUCCAGGAAGCGGAGGUCGGUCACGUACCGCGGGUGCUUCAGGCUGCCGGAGAACAUCACGCACGCCUUCCCCGACUCCCUGACGCAGACCAACAUGACAGUGGAGACAUGUUCGGGAUUUUGUUCCAAGAAAGAGUUCCCCUUGGCCAUCCUCAGAGGCUGGGAGUGCUACUGUGCUUACCCCACCUCCCAGUUCAACCUGCGGGAUCCCGUGGACAGCUCACUGUGUGGCCAGGAGCCUGAGGCACAGAAGCUGGUGGAGUACUGCGAGGUCUACCAGACGCCAGUGCAAGACACUCGGUGCACCGACAGGAGGUUCCUGCCCACCAAGUCCAAAGUGUUCGUGGCUUUGUCCAGCUUCCCAGGCGCCGGGAACACCUGGGCUCGGCAUCUCAUCGAGCAUGCCACCGGCUUCUAUACCGGGAGCUACUACUUCGAUGGGACUCUCUACAACAAAGGGUUCAAGGGCGAGAAGGACCACUGGCGGAGCCGGCGCACCAUCUGUGUGAAGACCCACGAGAGUGGCAGGAGAGAGAUCGAGAUGUUUGACUCAGCCAUCCUGCUGAUCCGGAACCCGUACAGGUCCCUGGUGGCCGAGUUCAACAGGAAGUGCGCCGGGCACCUGGGCUACGCAGCUGACCGCAACUGGAAGAGCAAAGAGUGGCCGGACUUCGUCAACAGCUACGCCUCGUGGUGGUCCUCGCACGUGCUGGACUGGCUCAAGUACGGCAAGCGGCUGCUGGUGGUGCACUACGAGGAGCUGCGGCGCAGCCUGGUGCCCACGCUGCGGGAGAUGGUGGCCUUCCUCAACGUGUCCGUGAGCGAGGAGCGGCUGCUCUGCGUGGAGAACAACAAGGAAGGCAGCUUCCGGCGCCACGGCCGGCGCCCGCACGACCCCGAGCCCUUCACCCCGGAGAUGAAGGACUUGAUCAACGGCUACAUCCGGACAGUGGACAAGGCCCUGCGUGACCACAACUGGGCCGGGCUGCCCAGGGAGUACGUGCCCAGAUGA